AUGCGUAUGUCAAUGCGUCGUCCGACAAUUGUCUCUCCAACUUCACACAUACGAUCUUAUAGUUUUGGUCCAUUUUUAGCUUUGAUUUUAACCGGUUGCUUUCUAUCUUUCGUCGCAGGUUACAUAAAUACUAUAUGUAUUGUUAGUCUGUUACAAUCAUCAAUAACUGGUUUCACAGGUACUACAUCAAAAAUGGAAAUUGCAUUGAAACUCAAAGAAACUUCUAUACCUUUGCUAUUGAGUACAUAUUUAGUAUCUCUUGCAUGUGGCCUUCAAAAUGGUAUGUGUACAACGUUUUCUGGUGCCGUUAUUCGUACAACACAUAUGACAGGCGUUCUCACAGAUAUUGGUCUUGUUUUGGGACAAGCACUUUUUUGUUCACGAACUCGUAAACAUCUCUGGAAAUUAAAAGUUUUAAUUCCUUUAUAUGGAGCCUUUUGCUUGGGUGGUGUGAGCGGAUGGUUUGCAUAUAAACUAUUACUUUUCAAAGCAAUACUCUUAUUAUCUGCAAUUAUUGGAACUCUAGAUUUAAAUACUGAUGGAUGUGCAAUGGAAGAAGAUGAAGUAUGUUCACUUAGUUUACGUAUUGAUUAUACAAAUAGCAAUAAUUCCUUUGCUCUUAUUGGUGGUUCUCCAGAAGCAGUACUAGUUUUGACUAAUGGAGAACCUCAAGUAAAUGAAAUAACAUUCAUUUGGUUUAAUGAAUUACGUGUUCAACGUAUGGCAAGUAUAUUAUGUUUUUCUGUAGCAAGUUGUGGUUUAGAUCUAAUCAAACAAAUAUAUAGAGAACAAUUUCGGCCCUUUGACUAUAAAACAAUUCGAAAUACAUUGAUCGAUCAAUUAUAUUCAGCAUCAACAUCCAGUUCGAGUUUAACAUGUGCAGAUCCAUCAGGUUCAUCAAUUGCAUGCUCAGAUGGUUUUUGUCGAUCAGUUUUCACUGGAAAUGGAAUAAUGGAAUAUUCAACUUGUGUUAAAAAAGGAUUAGUUUCCAAUCCAUAUGGUAUAAUAGUAACAAAAGCAACAGUUGCUGAUUUGAUUGAAGAACAAAUAUCUAUUAUAUUUACCUGUAAUAAACCGAUGUGUAAUUCAAAAGAAAAUGUGAAACAAGUUCUUCAACAAUUAAUUGCAGCUAAACUUAUUCCGGAAUCUAUGAUAACAACAACAAUGUCGAAUAUAGGAAUUAAACUUUUCAAUAAUAAGCAAACAUUGUUUGUUUUUUUUCUAUUUUUAUUUUCAAUAUUUAAAUUUUUAAAUUGA